UGAUCUUGAUCUGAGCUCCACCCCCACGUGAGUACCCACCACGAGCAAAGGAGCGAGCCGGCGAGAGAAGCAACGUCAUACAUUUAGCAGUCUGAAACUUACGACCCUGACAUCGAGACUUAGGAGCGGCGGAGUCAGAGACGACUACCCGUAGCGGCAGCUGGAGCGGCUACCCACAGCGGCCGAGACGAGCGGACCCUUCGGUGCUGUGCUGUAACGCCCGGGCCUUCAACGGAAGAAGUUGUUGCUGGACCGGGAUUUGCGGCUUUAGUUGAAAUUAGGUGGACUCUAGGGCCUGGGAAGGAUUCGAGGGCCUGGUUUAGCAUCGAGCUUGACUGCGAUUCGCAGCCCGCGGAGGUCUCCCCUCUCAGGCUAGAACAGGGACGAGUGCUGGUGCUGAAACGAUUAGCUACGGUCAGGGAAGAUGGCGGACGAUCCGACCGCAGCGGACAGAAACGUGGAGAUCUGGAAGAUAAAGAAACUUAUCAAGAGUCUCGAGGCAGCGCGGGGGAAUGGCACCAGCAUGAUCUCCCUGAUCAUUCCUCCUAAGGACCAGAUCUCUCGAGUGGCUAAGAUGCUGGCGGACGAGUUUGGCACCGCAUCCAACAUCAAGAGCCGUGUGAACCGGCUGUCUGUGCUGGGGGCAAUCACCUCCGUACAGCAGCGCCUGAAACUCUACAACAAGGUGCCCCCUAAUGGCCUGGUGGUGUACUGCGGCACCAUUGUUACCGAGGAGGGAAAGGAGAAGAAAGUGAAUAUCGACUUUGAGCCUUUUAAACCCAUCAACACCUCCCUGUAUCUGUGCGACAACAAGUUCCACACUGAGGCACUGACCGCGCUCUUGUCUGAUGAUAGUAAGUUUGGCUUCAUUGUGAUUGAUGGCAGUGGAGCUCUGUUUGGGACCCUGCAGGGGAACACCAGGGAGGUGCUGCACAAGUUCACCGUGGACCUGCCCAAAAAACACGGUCGCGGCGGUCAGUCGGCGUUGCGGUUCGCGCGGCUGCGCAUGGAGAAGCGGCACAACUACGUGCGCAAGGUGGCGGAGACGGCCGUCCAGCUCUUUGUCUCCAACGACAAGGUCAACGUGGCCGGCAUGGUGCUCGCCGGAUCCGCCGACUUCAAGACCGAGCUCAGCCAGUCCGACAUGUUCGACCCGAGGUUACAAGCGAAGGUGCUGAAGUUGGUGGAUAUCUCAUACGGGGGAGAGAACGGCUUUAACCAGGCCAUCGAGCUGUCUGCUGAGGUCCUGUCCAACGUCAAGUUCAUCCAGGAGAAGAAGCUGAUAGGGCGGUAUUUUGAUGAGAUCAGCCAGGACACGGGGAAGUACUGCUUUGGGGUGGAGGACACGCUGAAGGCUCUGGAGAUGGGCGCUGUGGAGAUCCUGAUCGUUUACGAGAACCUGGACACCAUGCGCUACAUCCUGCGUGUGCACGGAGCAGAGGGAACCACGUCUGAGAAUGAUGAAAAAACGCUGUAUUUGACACCGGAGCAGGAGAAAGACAAGUCUCACUUCACUGAUAAGGAGACGGGCCAGGAGCACGAGUUGAUCGAGAGCAUGCCGCUGCUCGAGUGGUUCGCCAACAACUACAAGAAGUUUGGAGCCACGCUGGAGAUUGUGACGGAUAAGAGCCAGGAGGGGUCGCAGUUCGUCAAAGGCUUCGGCGGCAUUGGGGGGAUCCUGCGGUAUCGAGUGGAUUUCCAGGGGAUGGAGUAUCAGGGGGACGACGACGAGUUCUUCGAUUUGGAUGACUACUAGGUAGUCGAGACCGGCCCACGAGGAGGGGAGCAGAGGGGCCCCUCGGACAGCCGCAGAAACGGAGGGAGCGAGAGAGGAGUGUGAUUCUGGAGAACGGAAGCGCUGUGGGACACUGUCCUCUGCCUUAACCAGCUCUGCUCCAGGCUGACCGCUCUCUGUGGGGUCAGGAGCACAGGACUCACCUCUGCAUUUUAAAUGACCUUCACAUGCCCCCCCCCCCCCCUAAUUUUUUUAAUUGCCAUCUGCUGCUCUUUUAUUCCUUUGUUUUUUGUUUUUUUUAAACUAGGACUGUGUUGAGGGUGUGAAUUGUAUUAAAUCUGAGCUGCUUAUCAAGGCCACCUCUUCUGAUCCAGUCUGAUCUGCUCGGGUCAGGUCUGGUCUGGUCUGGUUUGGUCCGGUCCGGUCUGGUUCGGUCCGGUCUGGUUCAGUCCAGUCCAGUCUGUAAUGUACAGACACGCCUCAUGUCAUAAAUCAGGAUGAGUUGCACCCUCUCUGUUCCAGUCCUGUUGCAUUGCACCCUCUUCAUGUUCCACCACAGUCUAGUCUCCCAAUGGCUGCCAAAAGCCAUGUGACACAUCCUGACCAAUACGAGUCCAGGUGUGCUGCCUCUGCACUGAGUGAGGCGUUAGAGUGUAUGUGUCUGUGUGUGUGACAGUGAGAGCGAUAGAGAGCGAGAAAGGAUUGGGCAGUAAAUCUUCCUGACUCUGAAUGGAGGCAUAUGGGUCCUUUAUGUGCAGAUGGGGAGUGGGGGCAUUGGGGGUAAUGUAGUUUCAGAUGGCAGGAGUAGGGGAGGGCAUUGCUCAUAUCCUUGUAUUGGAGGAUUUGUUGUGCGCUAGACUGCCUGGACGAACGAUGUGUAAAAUAAAGCUGUUGGGGGGGGUGAUUGUAAGGAUCUUACUAAUGCUUUUACUGAUGCUGGGAUGAGUGGUAUGGGGAACAGACUGAUCUCAGACAGCCUUUUCCAUGUGCAUUUCCUCCUAUGGCCUUGACUGUAAGCCUCCCGCCAUCCCGCCGUGGGACUUCCCUGUUUUUAGCGGAGUGCAAACGCACGUGAGCCCCUCAGACUGGACCACUGAGCUCGCCUGGACUGGCUGCUGCCUGCGCUUCGCGUUUAUAAGCGCGUUUGGAUACAAGAGUGCACCCCACACACUUGGUGGGGGGGGGGGAGAGAGAGAGCCUGGAGACGACCAGGGAGGAGGAGGGGGUGUGUGAACAGGUGAGCGUGCCACAACGCUUCUGCUCCAGGUGCCACAUCGCUAACGGCAACGCCCCUUCCUCCUUUACCUCUUCGUUUAUCCUUCUUUUUGGUUUUUGUUUUCAUCAGCGCACUUUUGUAUAAAUUGGUUAUUAAAACCGCCCACAAUUAUUAAAUGUUCUCAUUGUUUGCAGUA